AUCUAAAUGUUAAAUGUUAAAUCUAAAUGUUAAAUGUUAAAUCUAAAUGUUAACUCUAAAUGUGUCGCCAAGUGUAAAGCUAAAUAUUUAGAAAAUAUUCAAAUCCCCAAUGAAACCACGCCCGCUUCAAAUCGCGCGGCAAAGAUCGAGCGGCAAAGUCAAAGACAAAGACAAAGACAAAGUCAAGCAGGCAUGGCCGGAUCUCUGGGAGUCCUGGACAUCGAACGGGUGGUUAUUGCAGCUGUACGGGCUGCACUCCAGGGUGUAGCUCCCCCGGUCCAGUCCACAUCAGCAACGGUUUCAACACCAGCGGUGCCCAGUGCCUCAGGCACUUCCAACUUUGCCACCACCGUCACAUCACUGAGAUCAGCUCCUCUGCCAUCCAUCCCUCUACGUAAUCGGGCUCAAUCGGGAUACUUGAGACGAAGGAAUGUCAAAACAUACACGAAGGAUGUUGUAUGUUUAACUUUUUCACCGGGGGUAUCGGUCUUCAUUAUACCCAGAGGAGAAACUCGGACCAGGUUAGCUACGGCUGGCCUUGUUGGAAAAAUUUAUUUUUCCACAGAAUGGUCUGAAGACCAAGUGAGAGCUGAAAUAACAGCUAUCUUCAGUGGAGCAUUUGGCUUAUCAGAGCACCAGUCACUUCCAUUUCAGUUUUUGAGCACCAUCAAGGGGUGUAAAAAACUGAUGAUACCGAAGGUCACCUCCAAUUUCCCCUGGGGUGGUAAAGAAGUUGCCUCCGUCUGUUCCAGCACAUGCCUGUAUAUUAUGGCAGAAAUGGAAGUUCCUGCACAGAACUGUAGUGUGGAGCUGUCUGAUGACAGUGAUUUUGAAAGCCCGGUUGUACAACGAAGGAGAGUGACUCGGAGAGAUGCACCGUCCAGAGCCCAGAGCGAACACUGUGAGAGGCAAGAGAGGGUGGAAGCCAGUGCUCCUCCAUCCGAUGAUGGGAUGGACCUACAGGGACAGCGAGGGCCAAAUGAAGCUAUGAAUCACUUUGCAGUGACUCAGAGACAUGCACCGUCCAGAGCCCAGAGCGAACACUGUGAGAGGCAAGAGAGGGUGGAAGCCAGUGCUCCUCCAUCCGAUGAUGGGAUGGACCUACAGGGACAGCGAGGGCCAAAUGAAGCUAUGAAUCACUUUGCAGAUUUCAUUCCUAUUGAUAUUGAAGAAGAUGAAGCCAUUGAGGAGGCCAUCAGACGCAGUCUUUUAGAAGAGUCUGUGCAGCCCUUACAGGAUUCAAGGUUUGCAGAAAGUUUGAGCAUAGAAGAAAUGACAGGAAUUGUGAAAGCUCACAGUGAGAGGGUUGUCACAGAAGCAAACAGACCAAUCUACAUCAGCCGAGGGAACGUGUGGACAACUGCCCUCCGACAGUUUAGUAGACGGAAAUUCACUGAGUGCACCGAUCUGCUGUAUGUCACCUUUGCCAGUGACGAAGGCACCAACGAAGAUGGAGAAGACCUCGGAGGGCCACGGCGAGAAUUCUUCCGUCUGCUUGUGAAAGCCAUCUUCAAAGAGAGUGGAGCAUUUGAAGAGUCUCUAAAUGGCUUCACUCCAAGAAUGAACAUUUCUCAUGUGCAGAAUGGAGUGUACCGCACUAUUGGACAGAUGAUGUCUACCAUCAUCGUCCAGGGUGGUGAACCUUCAGCCCUCCUUUCUCCUCUGGUAGUGGACUACCUUCUGACAGGACACAUCUUUCAGUUGAAGGUCACUCCAGAUGAUGUAGCUGACAUGGAACUGAGAGAAGCCCUGAAGAAGGUUGAUCAAGCAUUAACCACAGAGGAGCUGGAGCAAGCAGUGGAAUGCUGUGACUCAUGGAGAUACCAACUCGAAGGUCUUCCGAACCCAGUCAGCAUGGACAACAAAGAUGCAUUUGUGCAGAAUGCAAUACUUUUCCAUGUCGUCAUUCAACGACAGAGCUGCUAUGAUCAGUUGAGGGUUGAGGGUUUGAAGUACUACGAGGUUCUGCCACUCCUGAAAGAAAGGCCUUGCCUUAGGGUCCUUCUUGAUAUGCCCGAAGAACCCAGUGAUGUCCCAGCAGAUGUUGUGGCUACCCUCCUGAAACCCAACUACUCUGUUCUGGGAAGUAACAAAAGACCAAGAGAGGAGUUAAUGGUGGUUAAGUUCAGAGAGUUUCUUCACUGUGUACAAGAGAAGGAGCUUGGGGAACAUCUUAACGGCAGGAACCUCACUGAGGCAGAAAAUGCGUUUAUCCUGACAUUGAAUCCUGGACACAUCCUAGCCUUUGCAACGGGAAGCAGCAAAGUUCCUGCAAUUGGAUUUUCUCCCAGUCCAAAACUGACUUUUGUUCAUGAUGACACAAAGCACCUCCUCAUUGCUCACACCUGCUCAAAUGAGCUUCAGAUCUUUGUUAAUAGAAAGAAUCUGGCAGAUGACGAUGAAUUUGAUUACAAUUGUCUGGUGGCUCUCAUGAAUGGUUACAUUUUUAGUGCUGUGUAGUCUCGAAAAAAAAUGCUUGGACUGUACAUUUGGAGCCCAGAUCUUUUAAUGGGUGGACUUGUUUAGAAUCUGGUGUAGCAUGUUGUUUGAGUUAAAAUGUUGUUUCGCCUAAACUCUGAUCUGAACUAUGUGUCAUAUAUAGUUUGGACGACAGUUUACUCGUGUUUUUAUUAAUUAUUCUCAGGUGUGUUGUCUAUAUUUUUUUUAAAAUAAAAUAUAUCUUUGCACACGA